UGCAGAAUCAAAACAGUUAUUGUUGACAGCUCGGCACUUGUCUCCCAAAAGGCUGAUAAAAUGCGAUGGGAACUCUUACUGCCAAGUUCAGAAAUAAACUAUACUGUUUAAACAACGUCUUUAGAGACAAGGCAGACUUUCUAUGCGACUGUCAAGGAAUGUUCAUCCGAGGAAAAGGUACUUUUGGGUAGCUUUAUCAGUGUAAAUAGGUAGCUGGUUAGCUUACAGCUAUAGAAAGUUGCUCCAUGGCUAUCUAUGGGCUGGACAUUACCAUAUAUAGCCCGGCCACAGAGCUCCCUCGCCGGUGAAAUGUAAACACUGGCUCCCAGAGGAGGCUGAAACAAGCAGGCUAAAACAAAAAUCAGCCUAUACGAAAAAAAAAAGUUUCACCAUGUCAUCUGAGCAAAUUAUUGCCAUCGUCAUGGAUGAUAAAAUCUACGAGGUAAAUAAAAAGAAGCUGAUAGAGAAGAGCGAUUACUUCCGUGCGCUGUACAGCUCCGGGAUGAGGGAGUCCACAGAGGACUCUGUGCAGCUGCAGGGGCUCAGUGUGCCCGGCCUGGAGCUCGUCCUGGAGUUCAUCAACACCUCCAAGGUCCAGGUUGUCAACGAGACUCUGGAGGACCUGAUUGAGACCGCCUCCUUCUUACAGGUGACCUCCAUCCUCAAGCUCCUCACCUCGGAGAUCCGUCUUGACAACUGCGUUGAGCUGUACAGCCUCUCUGAAGUUUACGGGACUCAUGAUCUGCACAAUGCUUGCCUGAAAUACAUGAGCUGCUACUAUCAUCCCAUGCUGAGGCGACCAGAGUUCAGCAGCCUCCCUUCUGCUGUCAGAGACCAGGUCAAGGAGAUGCGCAUGAAAGGCACCGCCACCCUGGUAGCCAUCGGGGACUUCACCUGCCUCUCCUUGGACGUGCCCGAUCAGGAUGAGCCCUGGUCCAUGCUGAGGUAUGGAGAGAUGGAGCAGCGGUGGAGACCUCUGGCAAACAACCUGCCUUCAGAUAUGAUAAAUGUCAGAGGAUAUGGCUCAGCUGUGCUCGAUAACUACCUGUUCAUAGUGGGUGGAUACAGGAUGACGAGCCAGGAAAUCUCUGCGGUGCACUGCUACAACCCCUGCAAGAAUGAGUGGAACCAGGUGGCUCCGCUCAACCAGAAGAGGUCCAACUUCAAGUUACUGGCGGUCCAGGGGAAGAUUUACGCAGUAGGAGGCCAGAUUCUGGGCACGGUUGAGUGUUACAGCCCGGAGCAUGACUGGUGGACUUGUGUGUCCUCAAUGCCCGACCCGCUGGCUGAGUUCUCAGCGUGUGAGUGCCAGGGGAUGAUCUACGUCAUGGGCGGAUACACUGCAAGAGACAGGAACACAAAUGUCCUGCGUUACUGCCCCACCUCUGACUCAUGGACGGUAUUUCGCUCCUGUUCGGCACACAUCCGCAAGCAGCAGAUGCUCUCUGUGGAGGACACCAUCUACCUGGUGGGCGGCUACACCCACGAGCUGGAGUUUGGCCAGCGGCGUCCAAGCCAGACGGAGGAUGUGCUGACGGUGCAGUCCUACAAUGUCACCACCGGAGAGUGGAUCCAGCUGAAGGAGAACACGUCCAAGUCAGGCCUGAACCUGACGUGCACGCUGCACAACGACGGCAUCUACAUCAUGAGCCGCGAUGUCAGCCUGCCCACCAGCCUGGAGCACCGUGUCUUCCUCAAGUAUAACAUCUUCUCUGACGCCUGGGAGGCCUUCAGGCGCUUUCCGGCGCUGGGUCAGAACAUGCUGCUCUGUUCUCUCUACCUGCCCAACGUGCUGUGAUUCAAAGGGCUGAUGGGAAGCAGAGAGUGGAGCCCAUGAGGCAUUAAUAUAGGCCUGUGUGUGGCUUGAUGGUUCUUGCACAGAAUGGGUCUCUGCUGCAUUAAUGGGAACAGUGACCUUUGUGCCUCAAAAACAAGAAAUGCACAUCGUACAUACUGUUGUUGAUGCAUAACACAGCUGCAAUGAUAAGUAUGUAAGUGAUGAAGCGCCAUGGCCGGUAGGUCAACAACAUCAUAACAGCCAGCCCCAGUUCAUUCCUCUCAUGUAUUACAAUUAAAGUCACAGUGGAAAUGAUCUGAGGAAUAACUACCGGAACAGUUAGAGCAUUGCAAAGAGUCAUUAACCAUCCCUUACCUCUGCUCCUCAGGUUAUUGAACUCUCUGAACUUUCUGGAUGAUAAAAUAUUCCCUCUGCUGCACAAUUCAAAAUAUUUUUUACUUGUUUCCUCACGUGGUUUCUGGCCGGUUGCCAUUUUUAUUUGGAAACAGAUCUGAAACCUAAAAAUAUUUUAAUGUGCAGGAGAAAUGUAACUGUCCAGAUGGUUAGAAGAGUCUUUCAGGAUUCUGUAAAUAUAGUAAUUUAAUGAUAAAGCUGCAAGGAUUAGCCCAUUAUUGACUAGUCGAUCGACAGCAAAACAACUAUUUUGAUGAUCUAUCAUCUAUAAGUUAUAUUCUUUAGAAAAAAGUCAGAAAAUGCAGUUUUUAGCCACUCAAAUAUAGAGGGGUCUUAUCUCUAUUUAAUACGAUAUCAAACUGAAUAUAUGUGUCUUUUGUUCGGAUAACAUAAGGCAUUUUAGACAUCCUCCUGGACUUUAAGACCUUCUCACAGUUAACAGACCAAAAUAUUGAUUGAUUAAGUUAGAAAGUAAUUGAAACAGAAAACAAUUGUAACUAGGAGCCCUACGAAAUGGCCUCGGCUUUUCAAACACUGUAAGGUAAUUAUUUAUGUAACUGAUGACUACCUCUGUUGGACCUAAUGCUAAUACAUGACACACAAACAAACUGGGGUUACAUUGCCGCAUGAUUUUAAAUCUAUGGGACACAAUAUUCCUGAUGUUUACACUCCAAAUAUCGCAUUAGUGUCCAGGUUUAUCCAUAACUCACACAAACCUUCAAAUAUCUUGGAAACAAAACACAUUUCUUGUCUCUAUGAACUUUACAUAGCAGGUAAUCAUGAUAUAUGUAUGGCUUUGGUUUUACACUGCCAGGCUAAUGAAAAGAUUCCUUGAAAGUUAUUGUUUGUGAGGAGAAGCGACUCAGAGGGAGCUUAAUGUUUGUACACUUGCACAGUAUCAUUUAUCAGAGAAACACUAAGCAAAGCUUAAAGCGCAAUUCCAUAAAAUGAACGAUGCACAUGUGCCUUCUGCAACCUCAGCUAAUGGAACUCGAUACAAAAUUAGCACAACAUGCAAGACUUUGUUACAUUGCCAGCAACUGACCAAACUGCUGUUUGAUUGUCUUCUCUCUGCUAGAAGAAGCUUUUUGUUUUCAUUAAGGUACUUUUUAGUUUAGUUUUUUAGCUUUAUUAAAUAUUGUGGUGUGCAGAAAUGAGCAAAAAUGCAUUUCACAAACUUUAGAUUUCUGUGUGUUCAUGCAGCACUUUUACUGUGGGAUUUGGUGCAUUUCAGAUUGUCUUUGCAUUAUUUAUGUGUUUGAAAGUUUGGGAAAUUUAGUUCAUGAUAAUAAAGACAAUGUUCAGGGCUCUG